GGACCUUGGAUUCUCCUCACUACUGCCAUGUCUAUGUGCUGUCACUUCCAGGGUGCAUCGACUUGGACGGUGAAUAAUUUCCUUAUGACUGGACCUAAGGCCUUCCUCACCUAUGCCAGUAGUGUGCAAGUGGGCGCACAGAGUGGAAUACAAGAAUGCAAACACCAGUUCGCGUUGGAUCGGUGGAACUGUCCAGAGAGCUCCCUCCAGUUAUCUAAACACACAGGUCUUCGAAGUGCCACAAGGGAGACGUCUUUCGUCCAUGCCAUCAGUGCAGCCGGAGUGAUGUACACGCUCACCAAGAACUGUAGUAUGGGAGACUUUGACAACUGUGGCUGCGACGACUCCAGAAUUGGUCGAUCAGGGGGAAGAGGAUGGAUCUGGGGAGGAUGCAGUGAUAAUGUAGAGUUUGGAGAGAAGAUCUCCAAGCAGUUUGUGGAUGCGCUAGAAGACGGACACGACUCCCGCGCAGCUGUCAACCUGCAUAACAAUGAGGCAGGCAGACUGGCAAUCAAGGCCACUAUGAGGAAAGCCUGUAAGUGUCAUGGUGUGUCUGGGAGCUGCAGCAUCCAAACCUGCUGGAUGCAGCUGGCUGACUUCAGAGAAGUGGGUAACUACCUGAAGAUGAAGCAUGAACAGGCCAAGAAACUGGAGAUGGACAAGAAACCUGCGAGGGCCGGCAAUAGCGCGGACAACCGAGGAGUCCUGGCGCUCACGUUGAGGAGCAUCGCCAGGACGGAGCUUAUUUUCCUGGAGGAUUCUCCGAAUUACUGCCUGAAAAACAAGAGCAUGGGAUAUCGGGGCACAGAGGGGCGAGAGUGUGUGAAGGGGGGCAAGAACAUGUCCCCGUGGGAGAGGAAGAGCUGCCGCAGACUGUGCUAUGAAUGCGGCCUCAGGGUGGUGGAGAAGCGCAUUGAGGUUGUCAGCAGCUGCAACUGCAAAUUCCACUGGUGCUGCACGGUUAAGUGUGAAAAAUGCACACAAGUUGUGACCAAAUAUUACUGCGGUGGUAAACAUAAUGGGAGAAAACCACAGAACAAAACAAAGCGCAAGCACCGCGGACGCCGGCCCUGA